CGCUGACGGAACGGGCCGAGCGCCGGCGGAGGGACCCGAGCGCUGACGGAACGGGCCCGAGCGCGGCGGAGGGACCCGAGCGCUGACGGAACGGGCCGAGCGCCGGCGGAGGGACCCGAGCGCUGACGGAACGGGCCGAGCGCCGGCGGAGGGACCCGAGCGCUGACGGAACGGGCCGAGCGCCGCCGAGAGCUACCGGACUACACGAGCACUGCCGAGCGGCCUGGUAAGGCCCGGGAGCCGCCGCCCUUCUGUGGCUUCGCUCCGUUAUGGAGUCUCACAGUCUGGAGACUGAAGGGGAGAUUCUCCACAAGUCACCAAUGAUCCACGGGAAGGAGCAGCUCCGACACGGACACAAGCCCGCCGUCCUGCUGCCGUGGUGAGUGUCCCUGGGGGCCCAGGGCUUUCGCCGGACUUUCCUCCGCAGCAGCAGCUCGCCUCUCCCGGACUCAGUCCACGAGCAGUCAUUCUCCAGAGACAUCUCUAUCUCCCAUAGACACCAUGAAUUCUCUCUCCAAUUUUGAAUCGGAAAUGGAUCAUGAUGGACAAGGGAAUUACUCUCUUUUCCCAGCCCUUGAUAAUGUGACCAUCUUGCCUGCAAACAGUGAAGCACUGGAAACUGAACCAACACCUGAUGUGAGUGACAAGCCAAACAUGACGUGGUUGGAUGCUGCUCAGAUCGUUCUGGAAGAAGCUGGGAGACCUCUGCACAUCAAGGAAAUCAAGCAGCGAAUACUGGACCGAGGACUGGUGCAGUCAAACUCUAAAUCCAGCCUGGAAGCUGUUCUCUAUCGAGAGACUCAGAAAGGGAGCAGACGAUUCAAGAGGCUGGAGAAUAAAAAUGGAGUGUUUGCUCUACUAAUGGAGAAAGAACAUCAGCAGCUUCUCCAGAGCUAUACGGCACAGCCUUUCCUUGUACCUGUGACUCACCCAACUGAGUAUCCUAACCCACAGUUAAUGGACCACCUCUCCAGCUUCCCUUCCCCCUCCAUGUUCCAGGACUCCAAACCUAAACUGAAGAAAGUUCUGAAGAAAGCCCUGAAUGAGAAGUACAGGGUUAAGUACCUCCGACUGCGGAAGACCGUAAAAGCCCUGAUUUUUGAGAAUGCUGCUCUGUGUGAUGAAAUCGCUUACAUGGAACUGAAGUUUUUCCGAACCAAAGAGGAAAGAAGGUUCCUAUUAAAGAGGUUGUUGCAACACCAGAGCUUAAGCGAUGGGACAGAGCUGGCAGGAAGCGCUGGCACCGUACUUGCCCCCACUGUGUACAGUGUACCUGCAGGAAGCAGCCAAGUGGCGGGAGUUACAAGCCUCCCCACAACACCAGUUGCUAGUACUUUGGCUGGAGAGGAGGCUUCGGGGAAAAAGUCAAAGAAAGACAAGAGGGACAAAGGAAAAGAUAAUGGCAAAGAUGAUGGUCUCAGAAAAGUAUCAAAGAAGAAGCGAGUUGUGGACAAGAGCAGUCGGCAGCUGGUUCAACCAAUCCCUCUGGACCCCUGCGGGAGGCCAAUUUUUCCCAUUGUCCUUGGAGGACUGACUGUUCACAGUUUAGGAGAGAUAAUUACAGAUCGUUCGGGCUUUUGUGACGAGAAUGCCAUCUAUCCUGUCGGGUUUUGUAGCAGCCGAGUCUAUGCCAGUAUGAAGAACCCCAACCAGAAGUGUUUGUACACCUGUCAGAUCAAAGAUGGUGGAAAUGGACCGCAGUUUGAGAUUACUCCUGAAGUUGACCCUCAGAACACACUUGUUUCAUCUUCUGCGUCAGCCUGUCACGCCAGCCUGUUGGAAGCCGUUGCCGCAGCAGGAGGAAAGCCGUUCAUGAACCUGGUGCCAUCUGGAGCAGAUUUCUUUGGCUUCUCUCACCCCACCGUUCGGAACCUGAUUCAGGGCUGCCCUGGUGCACGGAAGUGUCUCUGUUACCGCUGGGUGAAGUUUGAGGUGUGUCGACCUGGAGACGGCCGGGUGCCCCAUGCAUUGCCCGAGGAUGAUGCUUCUCUGAACUUUGAAGCCCUGAGGCAGCAGCUUUUUGAGGAGGGGCUGAGCAAUGAGUCCAGAUCAGCUUCACUGGAAUUAAAUCGGAGCCUUGUUUCCCAGCAGCCUUCGUUGCCACAGCUGCCAUCUCCACAGCAACCAAUUACCUCAGCGCAACAGCUGGUGUCAUCACCCGCUCCCCAGAACAGCCCGACGAAGACCCUCGGCCACGAUGAGCUCCGGCUUUGACUGUGGACCCCCUGCAGGGAAGGGUGACAUUAACGUCUGGCACGUGGACAGAUCUAAACCGAUGAUAAAGUUUGAUAAAACUUCGGUCCUGUUUGUUUCUAAUUUAUUCCUGUGUGUCGCUCCGCUCACCGUCCGUCUGCACUGGAAGUCCUUCGUCGGCCUCAGCUUGUCCCAUUCCAAGUGCUCGCAGGGAGGUGAUGUUCUUUUGUUGGUGGGGACAGUGUGGAGGACCUUGGGCUGUGCUGGCUUCCCCUUGAAUGCAGUACCAGACAGUGUGCUGAUGAAGGAACCCAGGCUCAGAGGGGCAGGCGACAAAACAUCCGCCGUCCUCUGUGGCGUCCAGUGGAGCUGUUGAGACGUUAAUCUGCAUCUGCAACAUCAGUUACAAACCCUUCUCACACGGGCUCCCGCUCCCCAGGGGAACCAGGAUCCCAUGGGAAGGAACAUUUCUGAGUGUAGGUUGUUUCAGGCCAUGGUGAGGAUGUAGCUUCCUCUGCCCUCUGAACAUACAAACGCUUCACACCUUUACCUCAGUUUUUAGAUGUUAAAGCUCUUUGAGGGGGAAGUUCAGGUUCCCACAUUUUUGUCUGGAGAAGUGCUUCCUGACGUUCCAGUCUGGGGAAAAAUGUCAAGAUCUCUGGUUCUGCAUCAUCCUCCGGCCGUCACUGGGGAUGGGGACCUGCUCUGUGUGUGGACAGUCGGGCUGGAUCACACCGCUCUUCCCAACCCAUGUGACAAGCACAACAUGGCACUGUGGAGGUGUCACCCAACAGGAGUGGACUGGAGAGGCGGUGGGACCUGGCCGGUCUGUCCACACAUGGAGCAGGUCCCAGUCCCCAGUGAUGACCACACUCACUGUCCCAGCCCUCAGCACUGACCAACUGUUCCACUCUCCCCAUCCUCCCAACACCAGACCCCCACCCACAGCCCCCCCACACCGAGCCCGCCAUCAGUCAUGGCUGCAGAAGUUUGCGCCAGGUUCCCAGAACAGCGGGUGCCUUUUCGAAAGUGCAGUGGGGCACAUACCCUGUGAGUGUGUGGACUGGGGGACCGAGACCGCUCGAAUGAGUCAGUGCCCUGCCAGGUGCUGUUACCGGGAGACCACUGUAGUCCCACUGGGACUCUUUGAAAAUCAUGAGUUUAAUGGUGCACCGUGCCAUAACUUUGUGCAUUGUAAUUCAAAAAAAAUUUCAAUUAAUAUAAUUUUUAAAUAAUUAUUGUUUUACUUCAAGAUUUUAUUAAAGUUGUUUUAUUUCUUAGAGUUUUAUGUAUUUCAAUUUUUACCUUGAUUUUGUCUGUAGAAUGUCUAAAAUAUUGGUUGAAAAUUGUGCUCACCUUUUCUCUCUGUGGGAGUUCUCAAAUGAUCGGCAGCCUGACCAGAUUCACUCCGACUCAGGACAGGCACAACUUCCCUGUCUCCGCAGCCUCUGAUCUGUGGGAAGGCCACCUGCAGUCUGCACUUCCACUGGAGACAGGCUCCAUGUUCAUUGUUGUCUUUUCCGAUGUGUCCAAGGAAAACCCAGAGAUCUGGCCAGCAACCGGAGCUGUAUACCAUGACAAGCUGAAUCCUCCUGCAGAGAGGUGAGGAGGUGCAGAAGAAAACUUGUUGAGAUGAUAAACAUGGCAGAAGCACUCGAAGAUGCCAGCCUGUAAAGGUGUGCAGAGUGAAGGCAGAAGCAGGAGAGCAGUGUGUUGGGAGGGAUGAUCGAGGGAUGAUCCAGAACCCCCGAGUCUAUGCUGACCAUCAACGGAAGAAUGUUCAAAGGUGGGUGUUUUGGGUUGUGGUUUGUUGAAUGAGUUCAGGGUGCGGGAGACUUCUCAACAUCAGGACUGGACUGUGGGCUUGGUUUUCGAAAUGACCAGGCAUGUACAAGUGCUUCAGGGGCAGAGGGAGGGAUUGCAGAAUGGUCCAAUGAUACAGUUACUAGACCAGGAAUCAGGCCUGGAUUCACAGUGCAGAGACAUGUUCAAACCCCACCCCAGCAACUGGGAAAUUUGAAUUCAGUUCAUUAAGCAAGCUGGAAUUGGAACCUUUGGAAUAAUCUCGGGAUUGUAAUGCUUCCUCUGUUGUCUCCGAACUCGAUUCUGUGCUUGGAGACGCAAGAGGCCACAGCUGCAAGAAACAUGGAGCAAAAAACAAACAGCUGGAGGAACUCAGCGGGUCAGGCAGCAUCUGUGGAGGCAGAGGGAUGGUCAACAUUUUGGGUCAAGACCCUGCAUCAGGACUAGAGUCCGUCCUUGUGGCAGUAAUAGAGACCUGUCUAACACACAGCAGGGUCAGGUACUACAAGGGGUGAGGUGGUAUUAAUUGAAGGAGAAUAUUUCAGUGGUGGAGAGAGGAAAUCCCACAAUUGGCAGAGGCAGUGACCAGGGGAAAAGGAGAUUGGCCUGAAACGUUCUCCCUCCACAGGUCCUGCCUGGCCUGCUGAGUGUGUCAACAUUUCUUGUUCAUUUUUUAGAUUUUUAGCAUUUUUCAUGUAUUUUACACAUGGAUUAUAAGGGCGGAAUCUAUUUGGUUAGAGUUAAGGACCCACUAGGGGUGAGAUUACAUGAUUGACACCAUUCUAUAGGCCCCAAUGCGGGAAGGGAAAACUUCUGGGAAAUUACAGAUGAGCAGAGGGGAGUUCACCUGUCCUAAAUUUAACUGGGAUCAGGGGCAGAGGGGGAGAGGAAUGUUUCAAGUGUGUUCAGGAGAACUUUCUUGGCCUGUGUAUUUCUGGAGGAAGCUGGAAUUGCUGGACUUGGUUCUGGGGAAUGAGACAGGCCAAGGAAAGCAACUAUCAGUGGAGGUACAUUUAGGGAGCAGUGGUCACAGUAUUGAGGUUUAGAGAAUGAAUACGGAGAAGCUAUGGACCACCGUAAGAUAAAAGAAGUCAACUGGUUUCAAUGGGAUGGGAACAGAUCUGAUCUGGGUACUUUGAAAUGAGAUUGACCAGCAAAACUAGUUGAGCAGUGGGUGGCCUUUGAGAAGAUGGUUUGGGUACAGUCUGGGGACAUUCCCGUGACGGAAAAGUGAAGGAAAAUUAAACCAGAGCUCCUUGGAUGACUGAAGAGAUGGAGAGUAGAACAAAGCAGAACAAAAGGGAAGAUCAGAUGCAGGAUAGAUGUUCCUGAUGGUAGGGGAGGCCGGGGCCAGGGGUCACAGUCAAAGGUUAAGGGGCAAACCACUUACGGCAGGGAUGAGGAAGUUCUCUCGGAGGGUGGUGAACCUGAGAAGUUUGCACCAGAGAAAGCAGCUGAAGCCAAAUUAUUAAAUCUAUUCAAGAAGAUGUUCUAAGCUGCAGAGGGAUCAGGGGAUAUAGGGAGAAAACUGGAACGGGGGACUGAAUCUGGGUGAUCAGCCAUGACCAUGUGGAACGGUGAAGCAGGCUCAGAGGACUGAAUGGCCUAGUCCUGCUCCUAUUUUCUAAUGACUGAGGUUGUAACACAGGAGAACAAGGCCGACUACAGAGAGUUUCAAGGAAACUGAGAAAGGAAAUGGGAGGGACAGGGAGUGGGUGUGAGAGGCGACUUGGUGGCAA